AUGGUGAGUUUAACCGAUUUGAGCAUUGAAAACCCUUUGAAAUAUUUGUUUCCAGGCGUCUGCAGAUUUCUCGGACUUUCGCAUUUUCUCAAAAUGCCCAGCUGGUAGUAAAAAGAAUUUUUCGAAUUUUGAUACGAUUGGUGGAAUAACUCGAUAUCGAUUCACACUUGGCGAAGUUCUUUCAUGGAAUAUCGAAUUAGAUAUUAAUGUUCCAAUGGGGUGUACAAGAAUUACAUUGAGAGAAAUUCCAAGAUUCUUGGUUAGCGCAUUUGAUAUGAUUAUUGAAAGUGGAUUGACUUUAGAUGGUAUAUUCAGAAAAGAAGGAAAUUCGGUCAGAUUGAAUCGCCAAGAUGUUAGUUUCGAAUCAAUGUAUUUACUCAUAAUAAGCUUGUUUCAGAUUCAAGAUGUUUAUCGUGGUGUGAAACCAAUUCCUCCCGAUUUCUCUAUUCACGAUGUUUGUACUAUGAUCAAAAGAUUUUUGAGAGAUUUAUCUGUAAGUUAGGACAAGUACAUUGAAUAUGUCAUAUUUCAUAUUUUCAGCCAACGCUUCUCGAUUCCGCGGAAAUUCGUCAAAAUUUAUUGGGGUUCGCAAUAAAAGCAAUUGAGACAGAUGAUUAUACGGUAAUUGGAUUGAUAUUGUUUUUAAACAACAAUAUUUCAUUUAAGGUCGAGCAUGAGGUGAUGUGGGAACUAUUGUAUGGAACUGAAAAUCAGUUAUCACCGGCUCAUAUCGGAACUUUGGCUUAUAUCAUGCGAUUCCUUUUUCAGGUUUUUAAAACGUUGAUCACAGUGUCCUUUAUAGACUUUUUUCUAGAUAUCUCAACACUCUGAUGAUCACAAAAUGACAGCUGAUAACUUGGCCGUUGUACUUGUUGCGUCAGUUUUUGGUGAUCAUAUGACAUCUGGAGCAUCAGCAGAAACACGAAAAAAAGGAACCAAACGAUUAUCAGCAGCCGCACUUCAUGCAACUAAGGUUGACAUGGAAAUUCAAGUUGCCGCUGUAAAAAUUCUCAUUGUAAAUGUAAGAUGCGAGAAUAAUUUCCCAGAAAAAAUAUGUUUAAUCUAUUCGAAAUUUCAGGCAAAAUGGAUUGCUCUACCGAAAAGUCAUUAUGUUUCGAGUAAAAAUACACAUUUCAAUCAUGCUCGAAGUACUAGUGCAAUGCCUCAUAUUAGAUGUGGAAGUGCAUCAUCGGAAAUAGUUCAUGGAGUUCAAACAUCUUCUUCAUCUACAAAUAUGUUUAGUGUUGCAAAAGCGGCAAUUUUGCAAAGUCGGAGUAAUUUAGUUCGUCGAGAUUCAGAUGUGACACAUAUCAACAAAGACAAAGAUUCAAUGAAAAGACAUAAACGUUCAGCAUCAUUUCUUCCAAUUCCUUCAACUUUGCGAGGUUUUCGUGAACGAAUGUCCAGCCAAUUUUUGAAACGAACAAAAAGUCCAAGCACCGAAAGAUCAACCUCGGCAUUGCCACCAUCAACACCAAAAAGUACGAGUGUUUUUGGUCCAGAUGUAUUUGCUGAUGAUGUUGAUCUAUCAAAAUCUCCGACUUCGAAUGCAGUUGGAAGAGUAAGAACAAGAAAUGGACCAUCAACAAGCGAGGUAAGUUUGAUUUCAAAAAAUAUUACACGAAUAUUCUAUUCAUAAUUCGUUUUCAGUCUCGAUGUGGUUCAAUUGGAUCGACUUCUUCUGUUAGACAAAGUCGAUGCAUUCAAGCUCGUCGAGGAACUACAAAUUCUGCAAUUGCUCGAUCAGCUUUUUCUAAUGGUAUGCAAAACCAUCUUUUUCUUUUAUUUUUAAAAUCUUUAUUUCCAGAUAGUACAACUUCGAUCCAUUUGUCACCAACUCCAAAAGUUGAAAAGAAAUCAAUAUCCGCUUCUUCGUCGACAACAACUUCAACAAUCACAAAUCGUUCGCUGAGAAGAGUUUCGAAUUCGGAGCAAAACAGUUUGGAGCAAUUGAGACAUUUGAAAAGACGAGAAUCGCAAGAGGAUACGCAUUCAGCUGCUUCAUCCGUAACAAUUCGACAAAUGAAUACUGAAUCAUCUUCACCAUCAACAAGAAAAAAGAAACGAGUUGAUGCGAAAACACGAGGAAUUUCGAGAAGAAAUACUACUGAUGGAUUGGUGUAAGAAAUAUUCGAGUUUCCUUUCUAGAAGUUAAAUUAGUAAAAUUGUAAUAAUUUUUCAGCACAAAAUCGGGUGGAAACAAAGUUGGAAUAGAAAAGCAAAGAAGAGCAACAUGUUGGGAUGUAAAUCCAAUAGCAGAAGAAGAAAAAGAGAAUGUAUCACGAAAUUUGGCUGGAAAACUUGAUUUCAGUGGGGAAAACACCGAAAUAAUGGAAGAAACCAAACUGGAUGCAACAACCUCGAUUCUUGAAAGAGUGAGAUUAGUUUUUUGAAAUUAUUAUAGCGAAUUUAUUAUUCAGAUGGAUUAUCAAGCGCGUGUUCGAAGAGUUGGAAAUCGACAAACUCGGAAGAUGAUGAAUAAAAAUAAUUCGGAAAGUAUGGUUGUUUUAAAUGGAUCAAUGGCUGUUUUUGAAUCAUCAAUAACUCCAAAAAGAGAUUCUGUAAAAUGGAGAGAAAGUAAAGAAAAUGAGGAAGAAAUAUUGAAAAAUAGAAGAAAAGAAUUGAUUGAUGAGCGGAAUAUUUUGAAUGGUUGGAAACCGAAUACAAAUUCUUCUUUGAUUGUUAGCCCAAGAAAAUCUCGAAAUCAACCACAACCAAAUAUGGAUACUUAUUUGCAAGCUGCUUCGUCUUCUUCGAUUAAUACAAGUUCUGCAAAAAUUGAAAAGAAUGAGUUCGAUUCGCCGGAAACACCAAAACGAACAUCUCGACCUUUAUCUACUGUUUUGGAUUUGAAAAGAUUAGAUAGUUUUGGAAUGAAAAAUGGACAAGCAUGGGUUGGUGUAAAACAAACAAUUUCCGAAUCACCACAACCACCAAGAAGAGGAUCAGAAAUGGUUGUACAAAGAGCUCUUUCUGCUGCACCAACAUUUGAAACAAAUAAAAGAAGUCCAUCGCCAAAGUUUGUAAAACCAUCUCCUGUUUUGAAAAAAGCAAUGGAUUCUCAACAAAGAUUGUCGAUGGCGAAAACUUAUUCACCUUUAAUUGUUAGAUCAAAAUCACAUUUAUGCAGAGAAAUGCUUUCCGAUGAAUGUGAGUUAUAUAAUUAUUAUUGCAAACUUUUUUAUUUCAAAAUAUUUCAGAUGGCGCACUAGCAACACCACCAAGAUCACGUCGUCUUCAAAGUCCUUCUCGUCAACAAUCCAAUCUUGUUUAUUCGAAUCAAAAAUCAUCAUUGACACCAAUGCCUGGAUUAUCAACAUCGUCUCGACCAGUUCUAAGAUCUACAUCUUCAUUGGCGACUCCGAUUUGCAGACCACCUGUUUUUAAUUUUUCGCCAUUACAAGAAGAUGAUUCAAUUAUUCUUUCGCCUCCAUCGAAAUCAAUCAAUGAAAAACACUUCAAAUGUCCAAUUUUGCCACCAAUGAAAUCGCAUGAUAAAGGAAAUUGUGGAGGUGAUAAAAGACAAACAAAAAGCACAGAUGAUUCAAAUAUUGUUGAUAAUGAUCGAGAUUUGAUGAGACAUGUAUCAACUCCAGCUGUCGGGGGUAAGAAAUAUAUUUAAAAAUGUAUGAUAAACUGGUAGUUUUUUUUUAGAUAGUUCAUCAGUUUUUGAUUCAUCUGAUAAUGAUUUUGGAUUCGGAAAGUUCAAUGAUAUUAUUCGCACGGCUUCUGAAGAUAUUGUGAGUUCUCAAAGGUGUUUUAAAGAUGCAAUUAAAUCUAUAGUCUUGAUAGAAAAUUCAAUUACUAAACAAUUUAAAAAAUAGAAAAUUACUUUGUAAAAAAUGGAUCUUUAGAUAUAUUAUUCUGGUCCUUAUAUUGAGAUACAAAUACCAUUUGCGUAAAUUUUGAAAUUUAGAAUUUGCCAAGUCAUAAAAGUCUCGAAACCCGUUUGUCAGUUGCAAUGUUGAGAAAUCGAAACAGCGGAAAGGUUCAUUCAAUUGUACAAGGAAUUGAGCAAAAAUCAAGAAAUUCGAUCGAUUUCUUAGCGUCAAGAGUGAGUUUUUUGUAGAUAUUUCGAAACAUCGAGAAACAAAAAAUAUUUCAGACAUCGGGAUAUUCGCAAUCUUCAAUGCGUAGCUCUGAAACAAUUUCGUCAAAUGAGCGAAAUUAG